AUGCGGCGAGCAUCCAUACCGGCCCUUGGGCCGUUGCCGCUUACGAUUGUCGUUGCUGCGAGUCUGGGGAAUGGGAUUGGAGCACAGGGUGCGCUUCCAUGGCGUGUUGCCAAAGAUAUGGCCUACUUUCGCGCAGCAACAAACCAUGUUCUGAACACGCCGCGCGACGAUGCCGUGAUGCGCGAAGCAGGGUGGCAGCGCAGCACCGCGCCUGUCAAGAAUGCAGUGAUUAUGGGGCGCACGACAUGGGAAAGUAUUCCUGCGCGGUUUCGGCCGUUGCGUGGCCGAAUCAAUGUCGUAGUGAGCACGACGAUGGACGAGCAGGGCUUUAACGGCGUUGAUACGCUCCUCGUGCGCUCUUUUGAGGAAGCUGUAACUGUGCUUCAGCAGCGGCGUGUAGCGCGGUAUGACACAGGCGUGCAAACUGCUGGUGCAGCGCUCGCACACGCGUUCGUCAUUGGCGGCGCGGCGUUGUACCGGUACGUGCUCGAGCAGUCGAACGAAGCGUGGACGCUGGAAAAUAUGCUAGUUACGCGUCUACUUCACCCAGAAACGCUCGAUGCGUCCUGUGACGUGUUUCUACAGGAAUUCCGUACGCCGCCGCAGCAGGCAUGGGAAGCACAGCUCGCGGCCAACGUGGCCAGGAAGCUGCCCACCGAGACACAGUGUGCAGAUGCACUCGAUCCGAAUGCACCGUGGCGACACGCAGUGCCUGAAGAGCACCGUGUGUUUCUCGGUGAUGCACCACAUGCUGUCGACGUCGGCAAACUCGUCGAGGAAAACGGCGUGGUGAUGCAGUUCCAACUGUGGAGGCACAGAAUGUAG